CACUCCGACACCUGUCUCAGAAUGGUAUAAAAAGCAGACCAAACGCUUUGCUAAUCACUGCAUUAGUUUACUUUACCUGAACAGGUGUGCCUGAUACUCAUCUACAACAGCUUCCCCAGAGGAAGAAGAAUUUACACAAAUCAACAUGAAGGUUCUCAUACUGGCUGCUCUUCUCUGUAUGUACUCUGCUGUGACCCAUGCUGUGACCCUUCCUGCACCUGUCUCUAACUCGACAGCCUCCUCUACAGCGGAGGGCCUUCUGCCAGCAGAGCAUCUCGGUCAGUGUCCUUCUGGCUGGUUCAAAAAAGGUUCCCGCUGCUUUUUGAUGGUGACCUCCAAGAAGACCUGGAAGGAUGCUGUGAAGCAUUGUGUGGGGCAGCAAGGCAGUCUGGCCUCUGUGCAGUCUUCUGAUGAAUACAACUUCCUGCAGACUAUGGUUACACUUUCAGGCCAAUCAAGCGCUUGGAUCGGAGGUUUCUAUUUCCAGGGUGCCUGGCUGUGGAUUGACAGCGCUGGCUUCUAUUACACUAACUGGCACACACAGAACAAUGUGUACGCUUAUCCUUGCUUGAAGCUGAAUUCCAAUGGUGGCUGGUCAAACCGGCGCUGUAGGACAAUCUGCGCAUUCAUCUGUGCCAGGAUACUCUCCUGCUGAUGAAAGAAACCUGCAGUGUCAUUUCAUGUAAAGAAAAUGUUACAUGUCACUGACUUCCAUGUUAUGUAAAGGAAUAAUCAGGCUUGGAAAUCUCCAUAUUACAUUUUGAACAUUUACAUUGUAGUAUACUUUUGUUGUUGGAUAGAUCUGAAAUGUAGUAUUGUGGUUUAAAUGUUUGUGAAAUACAAUAAAUAUGUGCUUUAAUUUAUUUUACCUUUUGU